AUGAAAAGCUCAGGUGGAUCAGGGUUUUGGGUUCAAGUGACCCUCAUUGCAGGUCUGGCACUGGAUGGAGGGCAGAGACAACAUGACAAGCAUCGUCUAUGCAAGAGCACAGAGUACAUGAAUUUGCACUUCAAAGUCAAAUGGUUCCAUAACGAGUAUGUCCGAGACCUGCCUGCCUUUAAGGGAAUUCCUCCAGAGUAUUCCCUGUGGUUUGAGCCGUUUGUUAUCCAGUGGUUGGAUGAAAAUGAAGAUGUAGCGAUGGAUUUUGUUAACGGAGCUCUAGAGAGAGAUAAAAAAGAUGGGUUCCAGCAGACAUCAGAACAUGCUCUCUUCUCUUGCUCGGUGGUGGAUGUGUUCACGCAGUUGAACCAAAGCUUUGAGAUCAUUAAGAAGCUGGAGUGUCCGAACCCUCAAGCUCUUGCUCACUUCAUGCGCAGAUUUGCAAAGACCAUAAACAAAGUUCUUCUCCAAUAUGCUGCGAUCAUCUCCAAAGACUUUUGCAACCAUCUGAACAAGGAGAACUUGUCCUGUAUCCUGUUGAACAACAUCCAGCAGCUCAGAGUUCAGCUGGAGAAGAUGUUUGAGUCCAUGGGAGGAAAACAGGAGGAAGGGACUGUGGUCUUCUGCAAGCUGGAUGCUGAGGCCAGUGGUUUACUCAAAGAACUUCAGAAUAAGCUCAAUACGGUUCUGGAUGAGCUCAGCGCGGUCUUCGGCUCCAGUUUCAAGCCAGUGAUUGAGGACUGUGUCAAACAAAUGAACCAGGAGCUUGUGCAGAUUAAAGGAAACGCAGGGAACAAGAGCAAUGCAGCCAUGGACGCAGAGACGGUCCUGCGACCCCUUAUGGACCUGCUGGACAAGAACCUUAUUCUGUUUGCUAAGAUAUGUGAGAAGACAGUUCUCAAGCGGGUUCUGAAGGAGCUGUGGAAAAUUGUCAUUAACACCAUUGAACGACAGAUUGUUCUUCCGCCGCUCUCAGACCAGACA